GUGGAGGUGGGGGCGUUGCUUCCUCGGGCGGAGGUGGGGCAUGCACGGACCCGCGCGGCUACACCGCCAAGAUUGCGGACCUGGGCCUGGCUCGCACCUGCACGGGGGAGGCGGCAGCGCUGUCGUCGGAUCAGUGGGGCGCCCUGGCCUACCUCGCUCCGGAGGCGGCCAAGGGCAGCUGCUGCAAGGCGUCUGAUGUGUACAGGUGCGACGGGUGUGCCGUACGGCACCGGGGGGGGGCGGGGUGCGCCGAACCACUGCUGCUGGGGGGGGCGGGUUGCACAGCAGCGGGCUGGCGGGCUAGGGAUGGUAAGAUGUGGCGACUGGGGGGCAGGAGAUGGGAGCACCAGGAGGAGGGCCUAGCUUCACAAGCCACCACCACUCACCACCGUCACCAGCAACCCAGUGAACUAGCGGAACAGACCUGCAUGCCGCUGUCGCUCCUUCCAUCCCCCCACACAACCCUCUCCUCCCUCCUCUCUCCUCCCUCCUCUCUCCUCCCUCCUCUCUCCUCCCUUCGCACCCCCCCGCUCCCCCCCCCAGCUUUGGCGUGAUGCUGUGGGAGAUGGCAGCCGGCGUGCGCCCCUACCUGGGUCUCAGCACGCCGCAGGUGCUGAUGGGCCUGGUGGCGGGCACCCUGCACCUCAACUGGCCCGCGGACGGAUCCCUCUACUCGCCCCUGCGCACCCUGGCAGUCGCAUGCACGGAAGCCGACCCCGCGGAGCGACCCACCUUUGAGGCGGCGGCGCGACUGCUGGGCCGCAUGGUGCGCCAGGUGCGAGCUGCGGCCGUGGAGCAGCAGCAGCAGGCGGGGACGGGAGGGG